GACUCGCAGUCAGUCAGUCAGUCAAUCAGCCAGUCACAACAAUGAAACUCAGCCCAGUGGUCAUCGUGUUGCUCGCCUGCGUGCUGAGCCUGGCGCAGGCGGAUGUCCAGCAGCAGCAGCGUCGUCGCUACCAACUGCAGCGGCAACAACAGCAGCCACAGCAGCCACCGCAGCCUGGUUACAGCUACAGGCCAGCGGCUCAGAAUCUUGAGCAGAUUGCACAGCCAGCGGUUAGCUAUGCCGCGCCACAGCCGCAGCAGCUGUACAGAGCUCCUCCAGCGCCUGCCCAGGCAGAGGCGGCUGCUCCACAGCCGCAGCAGCAGCAGUUCUAUAGAGCGCCCGUCCAGGCAGAGGCAGCCGCCGCGACGCCCGCACGGCUGCAGGCAAAGCCCGCGCGAUUGGUGGCCAACAGCGAGGCGCAGGAGGACGACAUCGACGAUGCCGCCGAGGAGGUGGAGGUGCCCAGGGCAGCGCCAGCAGCUCCCGCUGCCGCUCCAGCGCCGCUCGCACCCGUACAGCCGCCAACCAUUGUCUAUUAUCCGGCGGGCGCGGUCAGCUUUGUGCAGCCAACCUCCUUUGCCAAGUUCAUAGCAGCGCCUCAGGCGGCACCAGCAGCAGCUGCUGCCUAUGUGGCCGCGCCUCAGUACUAUGCCGCCUACUAUGGUUAGGAGUAAGCUAAAGCCCGAACUGUAGCUGCAGCUUAUCUUUUCUUAAUAAAAUACCAACUUGCUAUAUUUAUGUUUAUCCUGAAUUAAAAUUUUGUACAUUUCCUAGUUCUUAGUUUUGAAAUGUUGCAUUCCUUCUAUAUUGUUUAAUCUCCUAUAUAAAUUAUUUCGCAAA